UCAUCAAAAUCAUACUAUUGUUCUGUUCACCCUCAAAAUCAUACUAUUGUUCUGUUCACCCUCAAAAUCACAAUAGUAACAUCUUUUCACCAUCAAAAUAUAUUAGCUAAACAAGUAGGAAAACACCAGAAAUGAUCAACGUGAAAUAAGUUUGUUUUGGAUCAAAUAAGGUAUCAUUGUACCAUCUGACCUUAAUUCUGCUGGUCACCACUUUUUCUCCACAUGCAGACAAUGUUGAAAGCCCAAAAAUGACAAUGUAUAGAAAGCAUACACAAAAUAUUGUAUUUUACAAGAAAUCUGCAAUAAUAUUUCAUGUUAUAUUAUCUGUAUCUGACCAAAAAGUCCAUUGGUUUUCCAUUUCCAGGUACUGUUCAUCUUACGACUAUAUUUCAGAGUAAUCACAAAGUAGUCUUUUAAAAACACUUUUUCCCCCACUCGACUCCUUAACAGAAAGCAAAUAUAAAUAUAUUACCAAGCUCUAAAUAUGUUAAACUUAUUUAUACAUCUAAAAAGAAAUGUACUCCCUAAGUGGGGAAAAAUGUAUUCUUUUCUAACCUUUGUUCGUCUCAUGCCUGCACUUUUACACAUUUACGCUCCUAAGACUGUGUUGACAAGCUGUUUUUAGACGUAAUAUAUUUGUGUCAUAAAUAGAGAAGAUGGGGUAAACAAUAUUAGGUCUUCUGCUGUAAAGAGCACAUAUCAAUCAUUGUUAUUCUUGUGAGUGAAAGUGAUUGCUGUUUUGCUGGCGAAACACUAGAGAAUCCAUUAUAUUGUUAUGUGUAACCAUUUGCAUCGUGUACAGAACUCCAGCUAGACUGAUAGAAAGGAACUGUUGAAUGUCUGUCAUUUUGUAAAGUGUGCCUGUCUGUCUCAGUCGUGUUAGCAUAGGAAGUCCUGGUCUAGAUCAGUGUUUUCCAAACUCAGUCCUGAGGCCUCCCCCACCCCCCACCCCAGGUGCACGUUUUGGUUUUUGCUCUAGAACUACACAGCUGAUUUAAAAUAACCAACUCAUCAAGCUUUGAUGAUUAGAAUCCGCUGUGUAGUGCUAGGGCAAAAACCUGGUUGGGUGGGGGGGGGAACCCUGGUCAAGACAACAACCUGAAAAGUUGUGCUGCUGCAAUGUUGAGAGCUUAGACUGAAAUGACUCUUCGUAGAUAGUGCUUACAGGCAUUCAUUUACUGAUGGCCAUGAAUAGUGUAAUAAAAACACAGGCUUUCUCUAUGUAUAUGUCAUGACACAUAGUGUACCGUAUGUUUAAAGACCAGAGGACAAAUUACUAGAAUUUAUCAAUUAAAUAAUGAAUUGUAAUCUCUUUUCAAAAUGGUAAAUAAAAUGUAUUGACAAUUCAAAUGGAAUGUAUUAACCAAGUGAUUUCUGGAGGCCAGUUUGAUAUUGAAUCAAGGAGUUACAAUAAUAUAUAUAUUUAGAAAAUGUGUGAAAUGAUGAGCCUUGGUAAGUAGUAGGCUAAAAUAGUAGUCCAUUUGACCUGAGUAAGUACCAUUCUUAGGAACAUUUUUUUUUUUUAAUGUUCCGGUACAUUUUGAUUAUUGGUGUUGCUCUUUUGGAAAAAUAGGCUACAUUCAAUUAUUAUAUUCCAUAUAAUUUCAUAAACAUGUUUUAAUGUAGAAACAAGUUCAGUGGUAAAACCAGGACAACUGCAUCAAAUAGAGAUCACAACAGAGCCUCUACUUCAAAGGGGUUCCCAAACUUUUCUUUACAUGACCCCCAACUUUCUAUUACAUUUUAGAGUGUAGUCUAGACCAGAGAAGUGUAUAAAAAUGGACAAAACUCAAAAAAUGUAUAGCUCUGAGCCCGGUUCUCCCAAAAGCAUCUUAAUAAGGCCAGGCAAGUUCAUUUUGUGAAGCCGGGCCCCAGUCCAGAUUGAAUCCUCAGGGUGAACCACACGCGUGCGAACGGCGUGCCAUAAACAGUAAACACUUCCUGCCAAAUAGUGGUCCCUAACAACAGACAAAGCGGUGUGGAAUCAAUACGAAGCCAUUCAACAACAACAACAACAAACAACAAACACAUUACCCCAAUGCAGUGUCCAGACGUCCUCCCCAAGAAGUAGAGAGUAGAGACAUGUCAGGAGGAAGUGGCUUAGCGCAUAUGGACGACUCGCAGGACCUGCCUGACUUGCCGACCAAGAAGGCCAGACAUGAGCUGGACGUUGGACUGAACCAAGAGCCACGGGGACUACGUGAUGACCAGAUCCCUCCUACUCUCUUCGGUUCAGGAGAUCAGGACAAUUCAUACUCUACGUUGUCUAAUGCCCAGCUUGAUGGAGCGGUGGCCAGCAGAGCGCUCACCACAACAACAGCCUCUGAAUAUAACUCCCACAUCUACCAAGGAAGCGGACCAGCAGUCACAUCCUACACCACCAGCCAGGGUGCCUUUCCUCCUCUGGCCCAGGCCACAGUCUACACCGCCUUCCCUCAGGCAGGACAGACCCAGGCUACAGUCUACACUGCCUUCCCCCAAGCAGGACAGACCCAGGCUACAGUCUACACUGCCUUCCCUCAGGCAGGACAGACCCAGGCUACAGUCUACACUGCCUUCCCCCAAGCAGGACAGACCUACGGCCUCCCACCAUUUGGUGCUAUGUGGCCAGGUAUUAAGUCAGAGACUGGGCUGCCUGAUGCAGCACCCUCUGUUGGCCAGCCUGGGUUCCUCAGCUUCAGGUCAGCAUAUACCCCAACCCAGCCAGACCCAGGCCAUGUGCACUGCUCAUACCCAAGCCAAGGCUCCAGUUUCACUACAUCCAGUGUGUACACUAACAUCCCCCCUGCUUCCGCAGCUACAGAGGCUCACCAGGAGUUCAGCAGCUAUAACGUCAACUCUUUGGGCCAGACCCAGUUCUCUCAGUACUACGCCCCGCCCCUUAGCUACCUCCCUGCCGGGCUGCCCAAUGGCGUAGAGAAUGGAUCCAGUAUGGGUGUGGCCGGGUAUCCGGCUAUAAAGACAGAGGGCAGUGCCUUGGCUGGACUGCCCAGCACUACAGAUGCAUGCCCACGUGAGAACCUCCCGACUGGCGUAGCCCUGCCUACAGGUGUGGCCCUUCCCAUGGGGGCCCUGGACCAGGAUGAGGCGGGGAGGAGGAACCCUGCUGGGAAGGCCAAGGGGAAGGCCAAGAAAUCAGACAGCAACCAGCCUACUGACGCUGACCUGGAGCGAAUCUUUCUGUGGGAUCUGGAUGAAACAAUCAUCAUUUUCCACUCUCUGCUCACUGGGUCCUUCUCUCAGAAGUUUGGCAAGGACUCCGACACUGUGCUGAACCUGGGCCUUCAGAUGGAGGAGCUGAUCUUUGACCUGGCGGACACACACCUCUUCUUCAAUGACCUGGAGGAGUGUGAUCAGGUUCAUGUUGAAGACGUAGCCUCUGAUGACAACGGACAGGAUCUGAGCGCCUACAACUUCCUAGCGGAUGGCUUCCACAACCCCAGUGGUGUAGGCGCCGCCACAGGAGUCCAGGGCGGGGUGGAGUGGAUGAGGAAACUGGCCUUCCGUUAUCGUCGCCUGAAGGAGAUCUACAACGGAUACAAAGGGAACGUGGGAGGCCUGCUGAGUCCCAUGAAGAGGGAGCUGCUCCUCCGGCUCCAGUCUGAGAUGGAGAAUAUGACGGACGCCUGGCUCAGCACAGCACUCAAAUCCUUGCUGCUUAUCCAGUCCAGGUCAGCACAGGGUAAGUGUAUGAAUGUCCUGGUGACGACCACCCAGCUGGUGCCUGCUCUGGCCAAAGUGUUGCUCUAUGGUCUUGGGGAUGUCUUCUCCAUAGAGAACAUCUACAGCGCCACCAAGAUAGGGAAAGAGAGCUGCUUCGAGCGCAUCGUCUCUCGCUUUGGGAAGAAUGUGACCUAUGUGGUGAUUGGAGACGGCCGUGAUGAGGAAUUCGCGGCAAAACAGCACAACAUGCCUUUCUGGCGUAUCACCACCCACGGGGACCUGGUAUCCCUCCAUCAAGCCCUGGAACUAGACUUCCUGUAGAACGGAAGGAAUGGAGGUUAAGACACAAAGGGAAACUUGGUGUGUGUGUGUGUCCCCAACCCUUCUGUUCGCUUGUGGAGUGACAUUAUAAGCUGAGUGUCCUCAGCUCCACACCAGCCCUCAAACUCACACACCCUUUACACACCUGCUGGCUGUAGUGUGUCGCUCUUUUCCCUGUGUGAUGGCCGUGGACUGAUCUGAGGUGGACUUUGGGGUGGCAGUGGCUGGGAAGCAGACUGGACAGACAGACCUACUCUCUGAUGUAGAGCUCCUCCCAAGCAACACUCUCCGUAUGGCAGCUAUCCUCCAAAGACUGAGCCUGAUCACUGGGGCAAAGCAGCAGCGACCGACCAACCGACGCCGACAGGCAGGACAUGACUAAAAUGAAGAAGACCAUUCCCAUAUCUCUCUCUGCAGUGUCUGUCGUCUCUGGCUCCACAACCCACAGGCUGUUUUCCUCUGUUCUCUCUCUGGCCUGCAUCCCAAAUGGCACCCUAUUCCCUAUGUAGUGCACUACAUUUGAUAGGGCCUAGUGCUCUCAUCAAAAAUAGUGCACUACAUAGGGAAAAGGGUCCCAUUUGGGACGUCGCCUCUUGUUAGUGGAUCGACUAAAGCAAAAGGUCUGGCAUCCCGGACGGACCCUUCUGGUUGUUUAGACCUUACACUUUUUUACAAUUUUUCCAAAUUCUCUUUCUGUAGGGUAGCUAUUCAUGAAAGUAUAAUGUCACUUCGAAUGUUUUUUUUAUCAUUUGUAUUUUUAAAAGGUUGUUUUGCGUUCCAAAUGACUUGAGGUAUCAUUGAUGAGGGUCGGUAAUAAUUUUCGUCUUUUCAAAGCAUAUGAUUCGAUGACUACUUAAGAAUGACCUUCAAUUGACCUUCUGGAUGUAACCUUUCCCUUAGUUCACUAACAGUACCGACGUGUUCUCCAUAGACACCUCCGCAGUCCUGACCUCUCCACUGUGUCACGGGCUUCAACAGCCUAACUGACUUCUGUGGUCUUUUUGACAAACUGAUGUGUGGUCAGAAUGACUCAAUGAAGACCCUAACAAACCUGUAUUCCACUGCAUGGUAUCAAGGACGCCAGGUUACUAUGUAGUUAAUCAUAAGAACAGCCAAUCCAGGCGUUUUCUGUGAGAAACAGCCAAACCAGGCAUUUCUGUGAGAAACAGCCAAACCAGGCCUUUCUGUGAGAAACAGCCGAACCAGGCCUUUCUGUGAGAAACAGCCAAUCCAGGCCUUUCUGUGAGGAACAGCCAAACCAGGCCUUUCUGUGAGAAACAGCCAAUCCAGGCCUUUGUGAGAAACAGCCGAUCCAGGCCUUUGUGAGGAACAGCCAAACCAGGCCUUUCUGUGAGAAACAGCCAAACCAGGCCUUUCUGUGAGAAACAGCCAAACCAGGCCUUUCUGUGAGAAACAGCCAAACCAGGCCUUUCUGUGAGAAACAGCCAAUCCAGACCUUUCUGUGAGAAACAGCCAAUCCAGACCUUUCUGUGAGAAACAGCCGAACCAGGCCUUUCUGUGAGAAACAGCCGAACCAGGCCUUUCUGUGAGAAACAGCCGAACCAGGCCUUUCUGUGAGAAACAGCCGAACCAGGCCUUUCUGUGAGAAACAGCCGAACCAGGCCUUUCUGUGAGAAACAGCCGAACCAGGCCUUUCUGUGAAAAACAGCCGAACCAGGCCUUUCUGUGAAAAACAGCCGAACCAGGCCUUUCUGUGAGAAACAGCCGAACCAGGCCUUUCUGUGAGAAACAGCCGAACCAGGCCUU